GUGGGUGCAAGCUCUCGCGAGAGUAGGUUUGUUCUUGGGCUGCUGCCGCCUCCUCUCACCAGCGCCGUUGCUGCGGGGGAUUGUGGGAGCCUCCGCGUCCCGCUCGCUGGGAGAGCGAUACCUCUCCUUUUUCCCUCUCCCUCUCCCUAAGAGUUGUCUGCUGGUUCUCAGCUUGAAGAAGAUUCUGCAGUCCUUAUUGAUCCUUUUUCUUGGCGUUACCAUUUUUUUGAAGCAAAGUUAACCUAGCUUUCUAGUUUGAGCUUUCUUUUUGGCCGUCUUUUAAAAAAAAUUUUUUUUUAAAUCUAUAAAAUAGACAAGAGAUAGUUCUACAAUGUCCAAGUCAUUCCAGCAGUCAUCUCUCGGUAGGGACUCACAGGGUCAUGGGCGUGACCUGUCUGCGGCAGGAAUAGGCCUUCUUGCUGCUGCUACCCAGUCUUUAAGUAUGCCAGCAUCUCUUGGAAGGAUGAACCAGGGUACUGCACGCCUUGCUAGUUUAAUGAAUCUUGGAAUGAGUUCUUCAUUGAAUCAACAAGGAGCUCAUAGUGCACUGUCUUCUGCUAGUACUUCUUCCCAUAAUUUGCAGUCUAUAUUUAACAUUGGAAGUAGAGGUCCACUCCCUUUAUCUUCUCAACACCGUGGAGAUGCAGACCAGGCCAGUAACAUUUUGGCCAGCUUUGGUUUGUCUGCUAGAGACUUAGAUGAACUGAGUCGUUAUCCAGAGGACAAGAUUACUCCUGAGAAUUUGCCCCAAAUCCUUCUGCAGCUUAAAAGGAGGAGAACUGAAGAAGGCCCUACAUUGAGUUAUGGUAGAGAUGGCAGAUCUGCUACACGGGAGCCACCAUACAGAGUACCUAGGGAUGAUUGGGAAGAAAAAAGGCACUUUAGAAGAGAUAGUUUUGAUGAUCGUGGUCCUAGUCUCAACCCAGUGCUUGAUUAUGACCAUGGAAGUCGUUCUCAAGAAUCUGGUUAUUAUGACAGAAUGGAUUAUGAAGAUGACAGAUUAAGAGAUGGAGAAAGGUGUAGGGAUGAUUCUUUUUUUGGUGAGACCUCGCAUAACUAUCAUAAAUUUGACAGUGAGUAUGAGAGAAUGGGACGUGGUCCUGGCCCCUUACAAGAGAGAUCUCUCUUUGAGAAAAAGAGGGGCGCUCCUCCAAGUAGCAAUAUUGAAGACUUCCAUGGACUCUUACCGAAGGGUUAUCCCCAUCUGUGCUCUAUAUGUGAUUUGCCAGUUCAUUCUAAUAAGGAGUGGAGUCAACAUAUCAAUGGAGCAAGUCACAGUCGUCGAUGCCAGCUUCUUCUUGAAAUCUACCCAGAAUGGAAUCCUGACAAUGAUACAGGACACACAAUGGGUGAUCCCUUCAUGUUGCAGCAAUCUACAAACCCAGCCCCAGGAAUCCUGGGACCUCCACCUCCCUCAUUUCAUCUUGGGGGACCAGCAGUUGGACCAAGAGGAAAUCUGGGUGCUGGAAAUGGGAACCUGCAAGGACCUAGACACAUGCAGAAAGGCAGAGUGGAAACUAGCCGAGUUGUUCACAUCAUGGAUUUUCAACGAGGGAAAAACUUGAGAUACCAAUUGUUACAGCUUGUGGAACCAUUUGGAGUCAUUUCAAAUCAUUUGAUUCUAAAUAAAAUUAAUGAGGCUUUUAUUGAAAUGGCAACCACAGAGGAUGCUCAGGCUGCAGUGGAUUAUUAUACAACCACACCAGCAUUAGUAUUUGGCAAGCCAGUGAGAGUUCAUUUAUCUCAGAAGUAUAAAAGAAUAAAGAAACCCGAAGGGAAGCCAGAUCAGAAGUUCGAUCAAAAGCAAGAGCUUGGACGUGUGAUACAUCUCAGCAAUUUACCCCAUUCUGGCUAUUCUGACAGUGCUGUCCUCAAGCUUGCUGAGCCUUACGGAAAAAUAAAGAAUUAUAUAUUGAUGAGAAUGAAGAGUCAGGCCUUCAUCGAAAUGGAGACAAGAGAAGAUGCAAUGGCAAUGGUUGACCAUUGUUUGAAGAAAGCCCUUUGGUUUCAGGGGAGAUGUGUAAAGGUUGACCUGUCUGAGAAAUACAAAAAACUGGUACUGAGGAUUCCCAAUAGAGGCAUUGACUUACUGAAAAAAGAUAAAUCACGAAAAAGAUCUUACUCUCCAGAUGGCAAAGAAUCUCCAAGUGAUAAGAAAUCCAAAACUGAUGGGUCCCAGAAGACUGAAAGUGCAACCGAAGGUAAAGAACAAGAAGAGAAGUCAGGUGAAGAUGGUGAGAAAGAUACCAAGGAUGACCAGACAGAGCAGGAACCCAAUAUGCUUCUUGAAUCUGAAGAUGAGCUACUCGUAGAUGAAGAAGAAGCAGCAGCGUUAUUAGAAAGUGGCAGUUCAGUGGGAGAUGAGACUGAUCUUGCUAAUUUAGGCGAUGUAACUUCUGAGGGGAAAAAGGAGCCUUCGGAUAAAGCUGUGAAAAAAGAUCCAAGUACUUCAGCAGCAGCAAAGAAAAAGCUUAAAAAGCGUCGUUUCCCAGGGAGUAUGGAAGGUUUUGUCACUCUAGAUGAGGUUGGUGAUGAGGAAGAUUCGGAACUUCAGAAACUUCGUAAAUCGGGCAUGGCAUUUAAAUCUGGUGACAAAAAUGAUGAUGGUUUGGUUGAAAUUAAGGUGGACAAGAUCGAGGAACUUGAUCAAGAAAACGAAGCAGCGUUGGAAAAUGGAAUUAAAAAUGAGGAAAACACAGAACCAGGUGCUGAAUCUGCUGAGAAUGCUGAUGAUCCCAGCAAAGAUACAAGUGAAAAUGCAGAUGGACAAAGUGAUGAAAACAAGGAGGACUAUACAAUCCCAGAUGAGUAUAGAAUUGGACCAUAUCAACCCAACGUUCCUGUUGGUAUAGACUAUGUGAUACCUAAAACAGGGUUUUACUGUAAGCUGUGUUCACUCUUUUAUACAAACGAAGAAGUUGCAAAGAAUACUCAUUGCAGCAGCCUUCCUCAUUAUCAGAAAUUAAAGAAAUUUCUGAAUAAAUUGGCAGAGGAACGCAGACAGAAGAAGGAAACUUAAGAUGUGCAAGAAGAUUUAAUGAUUUCAAAGAAAAUAAUGGUUCUUUGUUUUUAAUGUUAACCUUUUUUAAAUACAAUACUGAUAGUUAGAAGACUAUUGUACUCUUUUGUUUUAGUGGAGAAAUAAUAGAUGUCUGUUCAUGUGUUAAGUGUUAUAGCAAAAAAUACAUAUGCAGUUAAGUUAAUGAAGAAUAGUUUUUCUUUUAUCAGAACGGCAACAGACAGAAUUACUUUGUAGAGACUGACUUCGUAAGCUACUUAAGACAACUUGCACCACUAAGAAAAAGAUAACAUAGAACCAUUCAGAAAAAUGAAAUUUAGUAGUUCCAAGCAUCAAAGAAAUGUCAACGUUUGAUUCCAUUCAAUAAAGAACAAAACCAGUUGUAUUUUUAUUACUUUCAUCUGAAACAUUCCACAUUUUAAUCUGAGCCUUGCAGACUUUUCAUUUGGAGUUUGAAGCUUCUUUGGUUGCAUUUCAUUUGUGGAGAACUUGAUUAAUGUGAGAUUGGCAAUUCAAAUGCAGGUGCAGUUUUCUUUUAAUGUCAUGCUGUUGUUUAGGUAUAAGAAAUAUUAAGUAAUUGGCUUUAGAUUUUGUAAUUUUUUUCCCUGAGUUCCUGCUAGAUUUCGUAUUCUAGUAGUUCAAUGUAUUUUCAGUGAAAUGUAAAAAUAUUCCCGUUCUCUUUGACCAGUAUUAAUUUUUUGAGAUCUUAUUGCUUGUCACUUGAAUCCUGUAGCUGUCAUACAUCUCUGGUAUAAGCAACAUUUGAUUUUUGAAGUGUGUAGACCAUCUCUUCGUAUUUUCAAGAUGUAAUUUUACAUUUCUGCAUUUUAAAGACAGUUUGGCCAUAAUUCUAGAUGCACGCUUCUAAUUCAUAUACCUGCACAUGUUACCUUUGUGAACAGAAAUUUGCAUGUAUAAUCUGUGUUUACUUGUGACUUUCUGGUUAUAUACUGCUUAUAUCUGUGGAUUCAAGUUACUGAAGUGAAUACCAAUAAAAAAAACUAGGCCAUGUUCAUUGGUUAUACAUGUCUGGAAUGUUAACCAA